AUGGCAGGCCACAAGGCAAGGCGGAUAGCCAAAGACCUGGCGGACAUCCGAGCCGACACAACCUCUCAGAUCUUCGCAGACACCGUCGGAGACAGCAUUACCGACUUGAGAGGAUCAUUCAAGGGCCCUUCGGGAACCCCAUAUGAAGGAGGAACGUACGAGGUAUCUAUUAAGAUACCUAACGAGUAUCCGUUCAAACCGCCCAUCAUGAAAUUCACUACGAAGAUCUGGCAUCCAAACAUCUCCAGCCAGACGGGCGCGAUUUGUCUUGACACACUGAGCACUGGCUGGUCACCCGUCCUAACCAUAAAAUCAGCCAUGAUCUCAUUGCAGUCCCUACUCAGCUCGCCCGAGCCCAAAGACCCUCAAGACGCCGUCGUGGCCAACCAGCUAAUCAAGAGCCCCAAAGAAUUCGAGAGGCAAGCGCGGGAGUGGGCGGUCAAGUACGCCGGUGCACCUAAGUCGUUCAUUGGUGAAAGUAGUGGCGGCGCCACAGAUAAGGACAUAGAAGCCGCUGAGAAAGAAAGUCAAGAACGAGAAGCCCAGGCUAAUAUCGCAGUCUACGAUGGGUACAGCAAAGAGUUGAUCGAUCGAUUCGUCCUGAUGGGCUUUGAUGUGGAGCGAGUGGUCGAGGCGUUCAAUUACGUCGGAAUCGACCGGAAUGGAGGACAGGACUAUGAGCUAGAAGAGGCAUACAUGGGCGAUAUUACGGCCAGAUUGCUGGGCGAGCCUUGA